AUGAUGGCAAGCCGUAGAAACCUCGAACACGUCCCCGCGCCGUUCAGCGAUGCUGUGAUCGGAAAUGUCCUCACACGCUCCGCAACCUCUGGGUAUCGAUUCUUGAAUUCAAACAGCAACAGCUACAAUCCGAGCAUACCUUCGCAGCAGCGCCCGAUCCAAUUUACUCCCUCUUCCACAUUUCGACUACCCCCAUUACGAAAAUUGUCACCGCUGGCAGGUUCAGAGACUAGUCCAGCAGAGCAGACCGAACUCAGACCGAUGACCAGUAGAAUUCAAGGUGACGCCAUCCCGACUCCUUUGGUGAGAAGUUUCCCUUUAAACUGCAGCGCUCAGACAGCCUCGCCAUACUCGCAGCCUUCUAGCAGCUUUCAGCCUGCAGAUUCACCUGCACGGUCCGUCUCAGCCGCAGUCGCCACCCUGUCAAUCAACAAUCUGUUGAACUCGACGCCCAAACAGAAGAAGAAGCGCCGAGUGAGCGUCAAAUCGGAAGCGUGUCGAGAACAGUGUCGAACCAACCAGGCUCGGUAUCGUCAGAAGCAGCGCGAAUACGUGUCAAAACUCGAGUCCAAUGUAGCACAGCUACGCGACGAGAUCCCGAUGCUAGAAGUGCAGCGACGACGUCUUCGCUACGACUCGCAGCAACGUGUUUGGGACGUUGUGGUCGAAUAUUUCCAGCUCUUCCGUCACGGAGUUGGCGACGCGUUUAACCAGGGAUCUGCCAACUCGACCGACGUCCUGCGAGCAUCGGAAGCUCAGCAGCAAUUGAUGUUCUUACGGUCUACAAUGGCUCCAGACGUCGAGUUUGGUAAUGUGAGUGGCGUCGAGAUUCUCAUGGAACAUUGGCGGCGAUUGUCUGAGUACCACGAGGAUCUACACUUGCACCUUGCACACAUGGAUAAGGUCACUGAGAGUAUCGUCACUGCUACGGCUACACUGAGCGUUACUAUCACGAAAACUACGCUAGAAUGCGUCUUCCCACGCCUCAUGAGCUCCGAGAACGUAGACGAUUUAUCUCUAGCAGUGAAGCUUCUAGGCCACAAACUCGAGUACCCGUGCUCUGUACUAUUCGUCUGGGAUGAAGAGACGAGUCUCGUGGUGCGCAUGGAGACCGACAUCGACAUGGCAACGCCUCUCCUCGGACUUCUAGGCAAUCUCUACGACGUUUCCCGCGUAUUAGAGGGGGCGGUCAUGGCUCCAAGUAGCUACCUCAACGAGAGGCAUCCAACAGCAUGA